AUGCCUUCAGACGCCCCCAAGUCCCGGUUUCGCAAGAUCCAGAGCUUCAAAACUGACUACGCUCCUUGCACAAUCACCCAAUAUGCCUCGGAGCGCAGUGGCAUGCAUGUCGUAGUCGCUGACCGCCAGGGCCCCAAGAUCAAUGGUUACUUUACCCUCGCCACUGAAAUCUUCGACGACUCGGGUGCGCCGCACACCCUCGAGCACCUGGUCUUCAUGGGCUCCAGGAGCUACCAAUACAAGGGCCUGCUCGACAAGCUCUCCUCUCGCGCCUACUCGUCCACCAAUGCCUGGACCGCCACCGACCACACUGCCUACACCCUCGAGACUGCCGGCUGGGACGGCUUUGCCCAGGUCCUCCCCGUCUACCUCGAGCACAUCAUCCUGCCCGUCAUCACCGAUGAUGCCAUCGUCACAGAGGUCUGGCACGUCGACGGCGAGGGCAACGAUGCUGGCGUGGUCUACUCCGAGAUGCAGGCCGUCCAGUUUCGCAGCUCCGAGAUCAUGGAUAUCAAGGCACGCCGCCUCAUGUACCCGGAAGACGUCGGUUUCCGCUACGAAACCGGCGGCAGGACCGACGCUCUCCGCGUCCUCACUCCCGAACGCAUCCGCCAGUUCCACCGCGACAUGUACCAGCCCAGAAACCUCUGCCUCGUCAUUGUCGGUGAGACAAACCACGAUGACCUGCUACGCAUCCUGGACCAGUUCGAGGAGAGCAUCAAGGACGAUAUUCCUCCACCGACUGCCCCGUUCAAGCGGCCAUGGGUCGAUUCUUCUCAGCCCCCGGCACUCCGAGAGUCCGUCCUCACCACCGCCGAGUUUCCCGAAGAAGACGAAUCUGUCGGCGAAAUCCUGGUUGGCUUCUUCGGACCCAACUGCACCGAUCUCAUUGCCACCUCGGCCCUCAACGUUCUCCUGACGUAUCUCUGCGGCUCCUCCGUCUCCAUUCUCGAAAAUGUGCUUGUAGAGCGCGAGGAAUUGGCCAGUUCCAUCACUCACUGGUGGGAUUCUCGGCCCGAUUCCGUCAUCUGGAUCCAGCCGACUGGCGUCGCCACCGAGAAGCUCGAGUUCGUGGAGAAGCGCCUCUUUGAACUUCUCAAAGAGGUCGCGUCCAACCCGCUGGACAUGGAUUACAUGAGGGAGUGCAUUCGCCGAGAGAAGCGUCAGGUCAAGUUUCAUGCCGAGACAUCGGAAUCCUUCUACGCCACCAACAUCAUCACCGACUAUCUCUUUGGCAGGCGCGACGGCUCGACGCUCAAGGAGCUCGAGACACUGAGCGAGUACAACGCCUUGGAGCUGUGGACCGACGAUCAAUGGCGCGAGUUCCUGCGAAAGUGGAUUGCCGACGCACACCACGUCUCCCUUCUUGGGAAGCCCUCGCUCGAGCUCGCAGCCAAGAUGAAAAAGGACGAGGCAGAUCGCAUAGCAAAGCGCAAGGAGGAGCUCGGCUCCGACGGCUUGCAAAAGCUUGGAACACGCCUUGACGAGGCCAAGAAGAACAAUGAUGCUCCCAUCCCGGCCGAUGUCAUCGACCGCUGGACGGUACCCGGGACCGAAUCCAUUCACUUCAUCGAGUCGGAUACGGCGCGCUGCGGCCGCGCGCGAUCCGUUGGGCUUGGUGACGGGCCGGCCCAGAAGCUGAUCGAGGCCGCGCCCGCCGGGAAACUGCCGCUCUUCAUCCAGUUCGAGGACGUCCCGACAAAUUUUGUGCACAUCACGAUCCACGUGGGCACCUCGGACGUGCCCGUCCACCUCAAGCCGUUGAUGCCCAUCUUCAGCGACAACCUCUUCAACACACACAUUAUGCGGGACGGAGAGAUGAUCAAAUUUGAGCAGGUGGUGAUGGAGCUCGAGCGGGACAGCAUUGGCUACGGCAUCGGCUCGGCGCGCUCUUUGGGCGACCCGGAUGGGUUCAUGAUCCAGUUCCAGGCCGAACCGGACAAGUACGCCGCCGCGGUCGGCUGGCUGCGCACCAUGAUGUUCGACUCCGUGUUCGACCCCCAACGCCUGCGGGCCGCCGUCAACAAGGCCCUGGCCGACAUCCCCGAGUCGAAGCGUGACGGGCGCGGCAUGGCUGGCGAAGUGGACGCGGCCAUCCACAUGGAGAAGUCGUCCUUGUCCGUGGCCAAGCGCGUGCUCGUCAGGGCCGUCUAUCUCAAGCGCCUCAAGAAGCUCCUCAAGAGCGACCCGGACAAGGUCGUAUCCUGGUUCAACACCGUCCGGUCCUCGCUCUUUACCUUUCAAAACAUGCGCCUCCUGGUCACGGCGAACCUCAAGACCCUCGCGGAUCCCAUCACCACGUGGGACUCGCUCGCCGAGCGUCUCACCCCGCGGGAUGAGAUGGUGCCCAUCCCCAAGCUCGUGAGCCUGCUCAACGACGAAGGACGGAAACCGGGCUCGGUGGGCGCAGUCCUGAUCCCCAUGACGACGCUCGACAGCUCGUACUCGGUCAGCUCGGCACCCAGCAUCACCUCUCUCUUGGACCCCCGCUUCCCCGCGAUCAUGGUCGCCAUCGGCUACCUUGAGGCCGUUGAGGGGCCGCUAUGGAACGCGGUGCGUGGCGCGGGCUUCGCCUACGGGUUCUUCUUCUCGCGCAACGUCGACUCAGGCAUCCUGUCGUACCGCGUUUACCGCUCGCCCGACGCCUCAAAGGCCAUUGCCGCUUCGCGUGACGCCAUCCGCAAGAUUGUCGAGGGUGACGUCGCCAUCGACCGCCACCUGCUAGAGGGAACCAUGAGCCAGAUUGUCGUCAUGCUCGCCGAUGAGCAGGCCACCAUGCCCAGCGCCGCCCAGCAAAACUUUAUCCAGGGCGUCGUCCGCGGGCUGCCCAAGGACUGGAACAAGGACUGUCUGCGGCGCGUCAGGGCCGUGACGGAGGAUGAGAUGAGGGCCGCGAUGCGGGAUUUCAUCAUGCCCUGCUUCCAGCCCGGCGUGAGCAACGUCGUGGUUACGUGCGCUAAGCUCAUGGUUGAGGGCAUGGAAACUGCCUUCAAGGGUAUGGGCUACAAGGUUCAGACGCGCGAGCUGAACCAUUUCCACGAUGACUACGGACUGGAAGCUGGCGAGGAUGACGACGCCGACGAUGACGACGCCGACGAUGACGAAGAAGACGAGGAAGGGUCGGGGGGAUCUGAUGACGAUGACGAUUCACAGGACGACUAG